AUAUCAUGUGCAAUCGUAUUAUUAUUUGUAUUGACUUUUCACCGACACGCACCGGUUUUUUUUCCACUGUUCCUCCGGAACACUAGGGCGCGGUGUGUCAUGCAGCAAGCAACGAAUGCGUUUUGUCAAGCUUGUUGUCAGCAACUGUUGCUGUGUUUCUGGAGUUGUAAACUUGCAACACUGUCAUGCAGCAUGAUUGUAAACCCUUGAAAAGCCGUUUAUUUUAAAGAAAUGGCGACGUGUUCUGCCGUUCAUGAUUAAUUUGGUGAAGGUAUGGCGUUUUGGUAGUAGGUUGACGUUGAACAGUUGACUAGCUAAUGACAACUGUUUACUACUUUGUUAACUAGUUAGCUAGCGGCGGGAAAUUUAAAUAUACCAAAUUGUCUGUCAUAUCAAAUCAAUACUUUCUCAUUUGUAUUGCAUGCCAGUCACUACGAUAUUACGAUACUUACGUCAAGGGUGAUGUUUGACCACAGAGUAAUCGAGCAACAGUGUAAACAGUAGCAGCUAUGUGAAGCCAGCUUCUUCUUACAUUGGUUUUGGUGGGUUAGCCAGUAAACUAGUCGGUGAUGUUGAUACGCUUUUAAAGAUAUACGGAUUUUAAGUAUUUACGUAUACAUUACAAAUGCCGUGAACAUGACGUCCAGAAAACUUAAAUUUGAUGAUUCAACUUCAAGUUCCGAUACUGGAGAUGUAUUAAUUCGUUCGACUUCAACCAAAGUUGGACUUCGGGAGGUAAAUGGGAGCAUUCCAAAAGGAACUCACGAAAAUAAACCUCUGCCAAAGUUGGCAAACCAACAGAUUCAGAUUUCUGUGAGGAAACUUGAUGCCUUUGAACCUCUCCUGUCAAACGACGAAACGUCAAACUCUGGAUCUUCUGGGGAUCCCUUAUUGUCUGCCGACCUCAGAACAAACAAGCAAACGAUUUCUUUGAAAGACAUUGGCAUGCAAGCAAGGAAGAGAGAAUCCCAGAGGCGAAGCAAUGAGAUUCCUGCUGAAGUGCACACGCAUGCAAGCCAGGCAGGGGGCAGUGGACACAAGGAUGUGCGACCUGAUGUAGUGAUUUCCAAGUAUGCUGCUGGUGGCAAGGAAGCUGUUCGAGCAGCCAUGAAACAAAGGUGUCAAAGCGCCCCUUUGAAGCGAGAGGUGAAGGUGAAGCUACUAGAUGCACCUCAUGCAUCAAUGACCCUGGAUCAGCGAGGUGUGCCACAGUACCACCCUAGCCUGCCACCUGGUGCCCUAGAUGCAGCUGCUGCCUCAGCCCCAACUUUGGCCCCAGCCCCAGCCCUAUCUUUGGCCCCAGCCCCAGCUCCUGGCUCAGCCCCAGCCCCAAUGGAUCAGCAUGCUGUAGCCACCACAGCAGCAGUCACAGCUGCUGCUAUCGCGGCCACUGCUCCCAUCAUGAAGGCGCAGAGUGAUUUGGAGGCGCUGAUGUCACAGGUGUCUGCGACGCUGCAGCGGAUGCAGGAUGCUGGAGGAGGAGGAGGUGGUAGUGCUCGGGUACCACAGGAGGGGGGCGCCAGAGAGCGUGUGGCUGAGCUGGAGCAGCAGCUUGGCAGCCUCACGCAGCAGAGACUGCAGCACCUGGAGCUCAUCCAGAACCAGCAGCUGGAGCUGCAGAACCGGCUCCUGGGCUCUGCUCUGGAGGUGGUAUCUGGCCAAGCGUCAGCAUCAGCAUCACAGUUCCGGAUAUCUACCAGUGCCCCCCCUGUGAUGGGGAUACCAGCCCAGAUAACCACCAACCCCAGCAUGGAGAGGGGGACCUUUAGCAAGGGGUCUGGAGCCCCUCGCAGUGUGUUUGGGGAUCAAAGAGGCAGAAGUAGAAGCCCGUUGGAGACCCCUGCGCCGCGUAAGGUUAUUCCCAAACCCGCUUCGCGCAACGACAGAGUUCAAGCCCCGAAGCCAAACACAACCAAAGCUUCAAAGCAGUCACGACUGGAAAGAGGAAAUGGCAGGCUUCUGGAAGACGUCCCUAACAACCAGCCACCUCCCGCGAGGAGCACACAGUCUGUUGGGGGAAUGCGGGUUGCCAUGGCAACAGCAGCAGCAGAGCACCAAACAGAGAAUACCAGGGAAGACCAGGCUCGCCUUGAGGUCAACAGGACCUCUCCAGGCAGACCUGCAGAAGAAGGAAGGAGGAGGCCCCAGGAAGUGGCGCCAAGGCUGGGUAGGGCAGCUGAGCCAGGUCCACUGUCUGAGGCCGAGGCAGAGGCCGGGGAGAGUUCCAGCGCCGCGGCUAGGAGGGCGAAUGAGAUGCUGCAGGACCUUGGCCGACUGAAGAGCGAGAUGCAAAGCUUGCUGCAGGUGCGUGAUGCUUUUCCUGUGGCGAGCUGUGGGAGCACCCUCCAUUCGGCGCCGGUACCCGCUCCUCUUCCAGCUCCAGCUCCAGCCCAUCCUCCCCCUCCCCAUCCCCAUCCUCCGCCUGCCGCUGCUCCGGUCUCCAUGCGGCCUCAGGGAGCGUCGUCGGUGUUCAUGCCCACAGCGGUGCCCCUGGGGCGGCCCAGCGCACUGCAGAAGAAGCCUCCGCCGCCCUCCAUGUUCGAGGACGCAGGGCAGGUGCUGCGGGAGGUGCGACGCAGCAGGAAGGUCAUGGAGGAGAACCUUGAGGCCAUCCUGAGGGCCCGCGAGGGAGAGGCCCUGCACUGGCAACUGGAGGCCGUCGCCAACAACAGGGAUGCCAGUGAGCAGCUGCAUAUCAAGAAGACUGUGGAUGCCUGGAUUAACACCCUGAACAAAGAGAUCCAGGAUGAGUUGGCGCAGGAGACUGCUGAGCGUGUGAGGGACCUCCAUGGCGGCAGCAGGCGUGGGGAGGCUGCACAGCAGGCGAGUGGGGAAGCCAGGGCUGCAGCUGGGCCCUCCGACCCCCGGCCUGGAGCUGGAGCCCAGCGAGGCCCCAGGACCGCCGCCAGUAGGAGGCCUCUCCACCACAGGGGAGACGCGACCAGGGGGCAGGAGAACAGGCAGCCUCCAAACAAACAAGCCCCCACUGGCCCCCGCGCACACGCACACUCCACCCAGCAGCAGCAGUCGCCCCAGAAGCCACAUAAGGCUGUGGAGGAAGAGGAGAAGGUGAGGCUGACAGAUCCGAGGACAGAUGAGGAGUUCCUGACUAAGUUGUACGGUAGGGCUCUGCACCAGGGCCUGCGCCGUAGCCUGAAGAAGGCCCCCUACCUGCGCUUCAGCUCCCCCUCCCCGCGUUCGAAGGGGCCCCGGCCCAAAGUCAUCGAGAGCGUCAAAGGUGUGAAGAUGAAGUCCUCUAAGACCCAGACAAGUCUGGAGUCUGAUCCAGCCCCCCCAGCAGCCUCCUCAUCGGAGCCCCGUUUCCUCUUCACCCCCACUGGGCCGGUGGACCAGCAGCAGUCCCCGGGCUCCCCCAUGCAGGGCUACCUCAUCCCCAUGGCCAUCCCCCUGGGCCAACCCAGGGUGGACGCCCGCGCUCCCCGGCCCUCCCGUGUCGUCAUUAGCGACAGACCUGUCACCGUGACGACCUCGUACACUCCCAGUGCCUCCGCUGCCGCUGGUGGUAGUGGUGGUGUGGCCCCCGAGGCGAUGACGGGGCCUGCGCCCCGCAAGCCCAACGUGCUACUGCUGGAGGUGAAGUCAUCAUCAGAUCAGCAGCAGCAUCCCCGUAGGAGACCGCCACCUCGACUGGAGGUGCAGGUCCAGCCGAGUGUCAACAUCGACAGUGCCUCCAGCUUCAGUCCUAGCCUCAGCCCCUCUACCUCUGGCUCUCCCCCGGCCUCCCUCGCUGCCUCUGCCUCUGUCUCCCCCCUCCAGCCUCUCUCCAGCGUCCCGCCAUCCCUUCUCCCAUCGCCUCUUCCUGCCACCACACAGGAAAAGCAGCCCACCCAAACAGAGGAUAGGCAGGUGGAGGAGAAGAAAGAGGAGGAGAUUGUGUUUCCGGGCACACAUUUUCUGGCAGUGACUGACAUUGCUCAGCAGGAGGCUGAAGGGGACGCCAUCCUGCCAGAGUGUCCCAUCCAGCUGAAUGGUGAGGCCUCCGCAGCUCCCCUGUACCACGGACCUCCGUUCCCCCCAGUGCCUGCUGCCCCUAGGCCCCUCACAGAGCCCGUCCUGGCAGUCAUACACCAGCGGGAGACCCUGGAGAACCAGCUAGUUGAAUGGGUGGAACAACAGGUUAUGGCGCGCGUCAUCGCUGACAUGUUUGCGCGGAGACCCCCAGGUGACCCAACCCACCAAUCAGAGCCGCAGGAGAGUGAGGCCUCCGAAACAGGUGCGGUGUCCAGUAGUAGUCUGGCCCUGCAGCUCCUGAUGGAGGAUGGGAGGCCGGUGGAUGCUGCUCUGCUGCGGCGCUGUGUGGAGGAGGUGCUGGCGGAGACCGUCAGUGGCAUGCUGGGAGAAAGGGAGAGGGAGAGCCAGCUGCAGCUUCAGCCUGUUUCAAGCACACAGCAGCAGCCUGCAGCAGAGGAGUCUGUGGUCCCCACCCCAGUGCCCACCCCGGUGCCAACCCCUGAGCCCAGCAUGAGGCAGAGUCCUCCCCCUGGCAGCGCCCACCAGUCCCCUCUGGACACCCCCCAGGCCUCAGAGCAGGGAUCCCCCCAGCGCUCACCUCGAGAGGAACCGGAACCUCCCCAGCUCAUCGCACCAGAGGUGGAACUUCCUCCUGUGGCCACACCCACCACCACUCCUGUCCAGUCACCUCCCAGGUUGGCCACCCCGUCCCCGCCCCCAUUGGCCCCUGUGCUGACCAACCCCUGGGGAGAUGCAGAGCUGCCAUUGAAAGAGGAGGAGCCUCACAGCGAGGAGGAGGAGCCACAGCCCGCCUCGCCAGUCAUCAUGUCUGUGGCCAGAGAAGAGGACACCAUCCUGCCAUCCCCUCCUCCAGCCAAACCCCAGACUCCUCCUCCUCCUCCACCUCCUGCUGUGUCCGUGCCGAGGGAGCCCUCUCCACCUCCACCUCCUGCUCCUGCACCUGCACCUCCUUCUCCCCUCUCCCCCUCCUCCACCGAGGACAGCAGCUCCGGCUCUGGACACUCCCUGACGGAGACGGAAGCCGUGGCCAGGCACAUCUCCGAGGGAGAGCUGCUGCUUAGCUUCUCUCACUUAGCAGCGGCUAGAGCUCUGGAGGAGGAGGGCCUGAUUUUACCCGACCUGAAUGCCAGUCUGUCCAGCUCUCUCCUGGGAGUACAGGACAUGGACUAUGACCCGCCUAGCGAGGGUCAGGUGAUCCUGCGACCCCACCGGCGCUCUCAUCAGCCAGACCCCAUGCUGACGCUGCUGGCCCGGAUGGAGCAAGGUCCACCCAUACCACAGCACACUGAGCAGAGGUCGUGGGAGGAGGGCAGCAGUGCAGGCGAGGUGAGCGAGGGCCAGAGACCUCUCCUGCCAGCCCAGGGAGAGAGCCUGAUGACUGGGCACACGCUGCUGCAGCCUGCUGGACACUACAGCACACACAUGGGGCCUGGACACACAGCCAUGGAGCCUGGGCAGACUCUACUGGAGCCUUCACACGCACGCAGGGUCACAAUCACGUCACCCGGACAACUCACAGAAACAGGAGAGGUGUCUCUGUUGUGUGCUGAUGCCAGUGGCUUUGGGCCGAGCCCCGGCUGCCUGGACCCACACACAGAGAAGUCUGGAGGGGCAGCCACCGCAGCAGCAGCACCAGGGGCCAGCCACCAUCCUCCACCCCCCAGUGGACCAGGAGCUGGAGCAGGAGCUAGAGCUGGCGGUGCCAACUACACGUCGACAGCAGCAGACUGCCCACCCAGCCUGGUGGAGGCACCGGAUCCCUUUGUCCUUCCGUCUCUGAGAGCCGCUCCCAUCCUAGUGAGGCAGUACGGCCAGCAGCACAGCCCACAGCACUCUCCAACAACAGAUCCAUACUCCCGGAAUGGUCACCAGGAUAUGGAUGACUUCUUUGAAGACAGACCAAAUGGUAAAAAAAUAUUUGCACCUCUUUCAUCCAUUAUCCCUGGCACUUACUUGUCAUGCCUACUCUGUACGCAACACUUUGUUAAUUGAUUUAAUCUGUAUCGCCAGCAGUUUUCGAAAUUAACCCUUUUCAUGACGUUAAUCUGUUGUUAAUUUCCUUUACUUAUUUUGCUUCAUCAUUGUGUUGGACAUUGUUGCCAGUGUUGCAACUGUACACUGCGCCUAGAUGUCUUGCUUAUUAUCCAAUUUGCCUUGUUACCUUCCUAUUAUUUAAUGUUGCUUCUAUUGUGCUGCCAGUGUUGCAACUGUACACUGCACCUGAGGUCUUUGUUUACUUUUGCUACUUUUUAAUGCAUUGUCCUCUUCUUCACUCUUUGUAAGACAAUGCUAUCAGUGCUGCAACUGUACACUGUGCCUUACCCUAUUCUUGUUUAAAUUGCUCCUUGUAAGUCGCUUUGAACAAAGGCGUCUGCUAAAUACUAAUGUAAUGUAAUAAUGUAAUGUAAUGUUGUUAAGAUGAUAUGUUUAUCUCACUAGCCAAACACUCACUCAUUAAUUAGUCAAAGUGGCUAGUAGUAACUUGGUCUUUUCUA